CGUAAUGUUUUUGUUGUGGUCCCUGAGUAUAUACUUAAAAGAUAGAAUAUACGAUUAUAUUAUAGUUUACCGCUACUUGUUAUUGCUUAUCUUUUUAAAUGUUUGUGGAAUAGAAAGACAUUUGCCUUUUCUGCUUCAAAAUGCGUUUCUCUCAUAUUUUGAACCAAAUAAAUUAUCACCGCCACUUUGGAAGAAUUUGGAAGAGACAAGGACGCUUGCAGGCUACGGAAUUGCAAGUUCCUGAAGAACUUAAAGAAAUUGGUGUUAUUAUAAAGGAUGCGAAAGAAAUUUUAUGGGAAAAUAAAAAGUUUCCUCCUGUGAAAGUAGUACCAAAGCCUUUACCUCUACCUCCCAGUGUUUUUAGUCAAAAAAAAUAUUUUUAUGUGAUGCAUGGCAAAACGCAAGUGUCUGAAAAUGAAAAUCAGACUUUAGCUUUGACAAAAACUUUGCCAUACCAGGGUUUGCCUCCACAACUGACAUCUUUAAUUGGUGUAGAUUCCUUACCUAAUCAAGACCAGCUGGUUCAAACUAGUCUUUUGCAAGCCCAAGUAUGGGAUGGUGAUCAGUACAAACUGCCCAAGUUAGUUGAUCCUGAGAAUCCUGGCUAUAAUUUUAGGAGAGUAUAUGGCACUCAAAAUGAUAAGAAAGUAUCUGGACUCCUUGAAAAAUUGAUCUUUUUAUGUGAUGCUGCAGUUGGAAAAUAUCCUGCCUGUUUGAAAAGAGACAAAGUCAUUAAUGCUUUCUGUGACUUAAGCAUUCACCGAAAUGGAUCCAGUGUGACAUUUCAGAUGCCAUGUGAAUUUUUAGUUACAUCGAGUGAACCUUUAAAAAGAUUUGCUUCUCCCAAUCAAGUUGCUGAAACAGAAAGACUAGAAGUUCCGAACAUUUUCCCAAUCAAACCAACAUUGGAUCUUGAUAAAUUGGAAGAAAUGCCUGUUUCUCCUUCCAUUCCAAGAUUCAAUAACAGACAUAUUCAUACAUUAUUUGUGGCACAGAAAUCUUUUGAUUUGUGGGAACCAAAGCAAACACUUGCUCAAGCCAUAGCAGCUUGUUUUUCUUUUAGUGCAAAGGAGGCCAAAAUGAAAUAUGGUGUGGAUGUUAAAGUUUUACCUGAACCCAUUAGCAUACAAUGUGUGUAUAUGGAUCUCAAGUCAUUUAAUUUCUUGGCAUAUCAACUGAAUACACUGGAUCUGGGACACAAUGAUGGUGUAAAGAACCAAGUGUGGAUUGAUGAACCAACUACUUUGUAUGAUGAAGUAUCUGAAACAAAUCUCAUUACAAACUAUAACCCUGAAGUGUUCCCCAAAAUGCUUGCACUUUAUUUAAAUGGUCUUCAUAAUUCAUCAGUUUGAAAUUGAGUUUCUGUUUGUAAAUAAGUUAGGAUCAUCUUUAUCAAAAGCCAUUUGAGUUUUUGUUGUUUUCAAACUUUUUACAAUCUGUUAUUUAUAUAAAAAAAGUUUUAAUAUCUGAGUUGUGUUU